AUGCCGCCUGCUCUGCACGUCCACGUCUUCCUCCUUGGCUUCCCAACCGUCCAUCAUCUCUUCCUCCAUCGACGUGGAGCGAACGGGAAGCUCGUGAUGUCCGUAGAGAAGGAUGACCCUCCUGCGAAUCGAAGAGCGGAGGAGAGUUCGGAAGAGGGCGUAGAAGUUGUGUGUGUCCCGCCUUUUUGCAGGAGGUCAACCUCAUCAGGCAUCUCCGAAGGCAGCAGCGCCAACGCGGAGGAUGCGAAUGCGGACGCAGAGUUGUCAAGAGCUGAUUUGUGGGGCAUGAUGGGGGUUGGUCUGGUUGACAAGCUUGCGCGACCAGGAAUGGGGAUGCGUACAACGACCAUUCGCGUGGGAGUGACCAAGUGUGCGCUCUCCGGCGCCACCAAAAAGCCUCCGCAGGCCAUGUAA